GGCAGGUUUGGAUUAUCAAGCAAGACGAGAUGAACUUCAACUCUUCAUGUUCCCUUCCUCUCUCGAUAUCUUCUCUACACGACCAUCCAUGAGUGAAAGGAUAUUCGAGUGAUCGCGAAACCCCUCAAACGACAUGGCUCCAUCACUAGAGGAGCCAUUUGAAAACGUCAGCGACGCCCUAACCUCAUCUCUCAAAAAACAACCUGCCCUCGUCGCCCCCGAACCCGAACACUGUCCGGGUCCCGAGUCGCAAAAUGCAGGCCAAGGCGAUGCAUGCGCCGGCUGUCCCAACCAAGCCAUCUGCGCCUCCGCCCCCAAAGGUCCAGAUCCCGACAUUCCCAUCAUCACGCAGCGAUUGGCGGGCAUCAAGCACAAGAUCCUCGUGCUGAGUGGCAAAGGUGGAGUCGGGAAAUCAACUUUCACAACAAUGCUGGCCCACGCCUUUGCGAGCGAUCCGGAGAAUGUGGUCGGCGUGAUGGACACUGACAUCUGCGGCCCGAGCAUCCCCAAGAUGAUGGGCGUCGAGACCGAGACCAUCCACGUGACCAACACCGGCUGGGAACCCGUCUGGGUUUCCGACAAUCUAGGCGUCAUGAGCGUACAAUUCAUGCUUCCCAAUCGCGACGACGCCGUAAUCUGGCGCGGACCGAAGAAGAACGGCCUCAUCAAGCAGUUCCUCAAAGACGUCGAGUGGGGCGAAAUGGACUACCUCGUCGUCGACACCCCGCCCGGCACCUCCGACGAGCACCUCUCCGUCAACUCCUUCCUGAAAGAAAGCGGCGUCGACGGCGCCCUGCUCAUCACCACCCCGCAAGAAGUCAGCUUGCUCGACGUGCGCAAGGAAAUCGACUUUUGUCGCAAAGCGGGGAUUCGCAUUCUCGGCCUGGUGGAGAACAUGAGUGGCUUCGUGUGCCCCAAGUGCACGCAUCAGUCGGAAAUUUUCCGCGCUACGACCGGCGGCGGGCGCAGGUUGGCGGAGGAGACCAAGGUGCCGUUCCUGGGCGCUGUGCCGUUGGAUCCGCGCAUUGGCAUGAGCUGUGAUUUUGGGGAAAGCUUUCUGGAUAAUUUCGGAGAGAGCCCGGCGUGUGCGGCGUUGUUGGAGGUGGUCAAAGGGGUGCAGCGGGAGAUUGGGGUGGUGGUGAAGGAGAUGAAAGACUGAAGGAAGGCGAGAUGUCUGGAGAUGUGGGAUUGCAUGCGCAAUCUCCCAAUAUCUGUCGCGAGCGGCUGGCGCAAGCAAUUCAGCUGCCGUCACUCUCGAAGAUCGACCACUCAAGUGAACGCCCGCUUCGAAUACGGAGCUCAAUUAACGCCCGCAGCUUCCGGGAACGCUGCGCACUGGUAUUCGCCCGCUGAACAAAGAGGUUAUGCGAAGACAACCGUACCUCAUAUAUCGCCGGCCAAAAAAAGCGCGAGCAGACACGCUUCGUUGAGCUUCUGGGCGCGCGAGCAGAUGUAUUCGAGACGAAUCAACGACACUUUAGACGAUUUGGAG